GACUUGUUUUAGUAUCACCCGGAAUAUCGUGUGCGCGAGACAUCCGAGUAGUUCCGAGUGAUCGAAAAUUCAUAGAGGACGUUGGGGUUAUCGCUUAUGCUGAAAAGAUGCUGUCAAGAAGCUUUCGUUUCCUGCAAUCCCGUUUGUUCGCCACCAAACAUCGCCACACGCGGAAUUCUUUUUACUAUGAUGUUCUGAAACUUCCAUCUACCGCCAGCCAAACACAAAUCAAGGAAGCAUUCUUUAAAUUGUCCAAAAUACAUCACCCAGAUGUCAGCGACAGCGAGGAUUCUAAACUACAGUUUCAUCUGAUAGCUGAUGCCUACGCCAUCCUAGGCAACGUUCACUCCCGGAGAAUGUAUGACAGAGGCCUGAUAUCAGAGGCUACUUCAGCCCCGCUAGCAAAACCCGAGGAGGAGGUAUACAAUCCAUUCAAGUUACCACCAAAGCCAGUGAAAAGCGAUUUAGACAAAGAAGUUCUGCAAAAAUACCAAGAUAUAUCAGUCCAAAGACGACGGGAAAAGCAGUUAGGUGUGGCUGUAAAAGAAAAAGAAAAAGCAAAGGAUCAUGACUCAGACAAUUUUAGUCAUAUUGGGUAUGGAACACUCCAACUGAAAAGAAAACGCGAAAAAUUGAUGAAUAUUGAGUCAGGUUUAACAUUUGCUUUCGUGUUUUUAGUUGGUGUUGUAAUGUUCAAGGUUGGAUACCAUGGAUACUUUCUUAAAGAUAUAGAUGCAAAACAAAUGGGAUAUGAUAAGGAAGCUCAAAGGGGGUCAGUUCCUAAAACUCUAUAUUAAGUACACACUUUAUGGAAUGUGUUUGUUCUGAGUUGAUGAGAUGAAAGCAACGGGUUAAGAACUUGUAUUAUUAUGAAAUGAGAUUAGGAAUUUCAGUAAAAUACUAAUAUCCCACUAUAGAAAUGAUCAGUUAUAAUUAAAUCUGAGGGGUUAACAGUAGGCUGUCUUCUAUCCAGGGCACUCCUAUAGUACUUUAACCUCUUUAUUAUCUGCCUGGAAAUUUGCUUUUCUUUGUUUGGUAUACCAUAUUUCAUUGAAAAUGUCUUGACAGAUUAUUUUUAAUUACAGAUCUUCCUUAUUUUUCACAGCAAAAAACCCCUUCUAGAUCAGUGGAUAAUAAUUGAGAUGAUCUGUAUAGCACGUUAAUUUCUGUAGUUACCAAUACAUGCUUCUUUUGCUCGGUGAAUUUUGUCUUGUGAUUGAAGUGACUCAUUUUAGUCAUUGUAAGUGUAAUCAAUAUACUGUAGAUUGAUUGCAUCAUUCAAGUAAUUUAAUUUGUUGAUAAUAUCUAUCAUCAUCAUUUGAUUGAUUGUUUAAUUCCGAUAAUUUCAUUUGUUGAUGAUAUUUGUCAUCAUUAUUUGAUUGAUUGAUUUCAUCAUGCAUUGGGAAGACUACUGAACUAUGAGAAAGUCCAGUUAAUAAUUUCUGUGAAACAUAUAUUGAUAUGUGUAUUCUAAAUGCAACUGUAAAAUACACUAUUAAAAGUUAAAAAAAAUU